AUGUUUCUGACCAGAAGUGAAUAUGACCGCGGUGUCAGCACAUUUUCACCAGAGGGGAGACUCUUCCAAGUGGAAUACUCGUUGGAGGCCAUCAAACUGGGUUCUACUGCGAUAGGCGUUGCCACAUCCGAGGGUGUUGUGUUGGGAGUGGAAAAAAGGGUAACGUCGCCAUUACUAGAGGGAGACUCCAUCGAAAAGACGGUAGAAAUCGAGCGUCAUGUGGGGUGUGCAAUGAGUGGUCUCACAGCCGAUGCUCGCUCUAUGGUUGAACAUGCCCGUGUCUCUGCCGUGACGCAUAACUUCUAUUAUGACGAGGAUAUUAGCAUUGAGUCCCUGACUCAGUCAAUCUGUGAUUUGGCGCUUAGAUUCGGCGAAGGUGCUUCUGGGGAAGAGAGAUUAAUGUCAAGACCGUUUGGCGUUGCUCUUUUGAUUGCCGGACAUGAUUCCGAAAAAGGCUACCAGCUGUUUCAUGCUGAGCCUUCUGGUACUUUUUACCGUUACAAUGCUAAAGCUAUUGGGUCGGGUUCUGAAGGAGCCCAGUCUGAGCUUCAAAAUGAGUGGCAUUCUUCUCUUACUUUGAAAGAAGCAGAAUUGUUGGUUUUGAAAAUUCUUAAGCAGGUCAUGGAGGAGAAGCUGGAUGAAGACAACGCUCAAUUGAGCUGUGUCACCAAAGAUGAUGGAUUUCAGGUGUAUAGCAACGAAAAAACGGCUGCAAUCAUUCAAGAACUGAAAGAAAAGGAAGCGCAAGAGAGCUCUGAGAACCAAGACGUAGAAAUGUCUUAG